CUAAGUUCUAUCCCCACUUUUCAAUAUCCAGAAAGAAUUGACCUUGUAACAUGUGAAAAGAACCGACCCAAAAAUAGGGUAUCACUGUUCAAACACGUAAAAAUUGGGGGAUUUGCGAUGGGUUUUGGAGCAUGGUUCGAUGUGAUUCUUUUCUCAAUUUUUCGUGUUACCGUUGGAGAUGCCCUCACCGCCGACUCAGCCUGACGCCUCAUCCCCGCGGCCUCGCCUCUGCAAUCAGCUCCUCGCCUUCUGCCCACCAACUGCUUGAUAGAUUGCUCCAAUUGAUAGAUUCCUGUUUCCUUUCUUUCUCACUCAUCCCUCUCUCUUUCAUUAUUAUUGUCACCAUCCCUUCUCCCCAUUUCCCCUAAAUUCAACUAAGCAAUCCCAAUACCCCAUUCUUACCUAUCAAGAUUGGAUUUUUUUUUUCUCAAUCCGAGCUGAUUUUUGGCGAGUGAUUGGUUCCUGAUUUCAUUUGUGUGAAUCUUGAUUGGAGUUUGAUUCUUGUUCCAAUUCAGUGUGGUGCUGGCGUUGGGACCAUAAAUCAUGUCGGGAACAGGCACGACGAGAUGACGUCAAAAUUAACGGUAAGACCGCCUUACGAGGCGGAGAGCUCGCUCGAGAUCACACUACGCCAGACAUUCUAUUGUCUCGAGCCUCAGCUUAGGCCCCCUUUUCCUCUCACUAUCCCAACUCAAGAACAGUACUCGCUGCUCAACAAAGCCAUUCUCUACGCUAUCUUAUCCGAACCCCACCUCCGUAAAAUCCACAUUAAGCAUUUACACGGUGUUAUAACUGAUGGAUACGGCUACUUCACCAGCAUUCUUGUUAUAAUUGUGAAUGAUAUAUAUGGGAAGUUGGUCGAUUCUGCAAAAAGGCAGCUUCUUUGGAUUAUCCGGGAGAUGGUUGAUGUGGCAGCGGUUGGGUUUACUGAUUUACUGGUGGCCCUUCUGCGGCAGAUUGUUGCUGGGGAUUCUAGUGAGGAGAAUCUGUGGUUGUGUUACGAAAUGGUCACCCUUUUCUCCAGCAAAUGGGAUUGCCUUCUUCAAGAAGGCUCAUCGGGUUUGACUGCUGCUUUGUAUGUGUUUCUGAGGUUGCUGUCUGAUCACUGCAGGGUAUCGAUAUCGAAUGCUCCAAAGUUUGAAUCUUUAAUCAAAUUGGAGAAGGAUUUUUGUGUGAAGAUGUUAAGGGAGAAAUUCGGCUUGUGUUUGAGGAUUGGGAGGGAUCUUGUUAGGCUUUUGCAGGAUUUGGUUCAUGUUCCGGAGUUUCGGGCCAUAUGGAGGGACUUGUUGUAUGCACCUAGCGUUUUUGGAGUUGGUGAGUUUUUGGAUAUAUCAAUGUUGUAUUAUACAAAGACUCCAAAAUGGUUUUUUUUGCUUACGGUGAGUCCACAAAUGGAGUCUCAGUUGAGGUUUUUGCUGACUCAUGUGGAACAUGGUAGCCAAUUGAGGUAUCAGGAUUGGUUUACAAAGAAGUUUCUCAGUGCACCUGAGAAAAAUGCAGUCUUGAUUGAUAUAGUGAGGUUUAUAUGCUGUGCUCACCAUCCAUCUAAUGAUAUUAUUCAUUCAGGUAUCAUCCAGAGAUGGGCUGUGAUAGGUUGGUUACUGAAGUCCUGCAUGAAAAACUACAUUGCAGCAAAUAUGAAGCUUGCGUUAUUUUAUGAUUGGCUGUUCUUCAAUGAAAAGUUAGAUAGUGUUAUGGAUAUCGAGCCUGCACUUUUGCUGAUGGUGCAUUCUAUCCCUGAAUAUAUUGACAUUACAAAUUCUCUGCUUGAGUUUCUGUUUCUUUUAUUGGAUAAUUAUGAUCUUGAGAGGAAGGAGAUUGUGCUUCGUGGAAUAUCAUCUUCUUUGCAUACACUUCUUAGGAAAGGCGUUGUUAAGUCGUUAGAAGUGUUAACUAGAUGUGAUAAGCUUUCUCAGAAUCUUAAGGAAAGACUUGCAGAAUUGCUCUCGGGGUGUUCUGGCUUUGUAGAUAAUUCCAGAAUACUAACUUCUCAGAUGCUGUAGUCGGCCUUCGUUUUUCCUGUCUGGAAAGCCCAACAUCGUUAACCGGCCUUCACAAGAAGCUCUUUGCAGCAGUUGAGGUACAACUAUUUAACAGUAUCAGCGGUCUAUUUAUCCGGUACUUGUACUUGGCUGUUGGCACAAACAUCUGCAGCAUUUCUCUGUGAGCUUGUUGUAGGAGAACUUAAACUUUUCAAUACAAGUUUCUGGAUCGAAGAAGUUUAGGGCAUGAUUGAUAAUUGUAAUACUCUUUAAUUCUUUUUUUGGGACUCUCUAUUUCACUUCUUUUAGUUCCAAUAGAAUCAAAUUAUUCUGAUGGAAAACAGUGCCUGUUUCUCAAAUGAAAUUAUUGCUCUU